AUGGGAAAAGGAGACGCCUCCGAAUCCUGCAACUUCCUCCCACUGGAAAAACAAUACCUAGUAAUGUGUGGCAUCCUCUGCCUCUGGUGUGCCACCUCCCUAGCCUACACAGAUGCAGACAAGGACGCCGAGUGCCUCCUUUCUUCACUGUCUCUUCUCCACCCUCCACAGAUGGUGACCAGAGGGUUGAGACACACGCAGGUUGGCAAGCACAAAUCGAAUGGACUCUGA